CACAUGGCUCAGCAAAGCCAGCCAAACCGGCACUCAGGUAGGCUCAGCCUGGCCCCGCCCACUCAGCGCUCUCCUCGAGUCCACACGCCUCUACCUCAGGAGAUUUGUGUUGAGUGAUAUUUUUUUUACACUCUGUUUAUUUAAGAAAAACUUACUUGGUAUCGGAUCGAUACCAAAAUUCCUGGUAUCACCCACCUCUACCACAUGCUCUGCUCACACCACGCCCACUACUAAGGUACGGUGGCCUGCUGGAGGACAAUUAACGAGAUACUGAGUUUGACAACAGACAAGCCCUAAAAUAAAGAGGUGGACGGCAAACGGAUGUCGAGCAAACAUUUAGCUUAGCACAAUAGAUCGAUAAGAGGAUAUCCAUGAAGGGGGACAACAAAAAAGGAGCAUCCAGGAACCAGGAUCAGAAGUUUGACUGAAGCGGAAUGUUAAGGACAUUGAAUGAGGAAGACAUAAUGACCACUGGUCCCGCAGGUCAGUGGUCUCGGUGAAGAGAUCUCACACUCUGAAACAAUGGACAGAUUUGGCAGUAAGUUGGAGCAGAAGGCUCUGAAGCAACCUAAGCAGAAGAAAUCGAAGUCGGCUGAAUUUCUGAUGGAAAGGGAGGAGCAGGAAGAGGAAAACAGGGAGAGGAGAGUGAUGAAGGGCAUUGUAAAUCCCGGGUUCCUGAGCAGAGAGGAGGAGGAGGAGGAGAAGGAUGAGGCUGAGGAGCGCAGUGGUGGAGGUGGUGGUGGUGGGCAGAGGAAGGAGGAGGGGAGAGAAAUAGGAGGUGACAGGCAGGAUAGCACCCUCGCCGCUCACCAACAACAAACGGAGCUGGAAGCCCCUGCCAAUGCAAGAGGAAAUGAAGGUGCCCGAAAUUACUUUGACCCUUCGGCGGCGGCGCAGGGUGACCCAAGGCGGUGCAGGACGGCCGGGGUCGGAGCGGGAGAUGAGCUGGAAUUAAAAUUCAUGCACGAGGAUGAGCGUGGUUUGUAUGAGAAGCUGUCAAAGAUGCUAAAUGAAGAUGAUGCUUCAACCGUCAUAGACUUGCCUGGCUGUGUAGUGGAGGAGAGGACAGUGGCUGGAGCUCCCAAGCUCCCCCUGGCUGAAUGGAGGGAUCGGUUGCGGGAGCAGCUGGUGGAGAGGAGAGAAGAGGUUAUCCCCCAGUAUGUGGAACAGCUGAGAAAACGAGUACAGGAUGACAUGAUCCCAGUGGGCAGGCCUUCCCUGGAACAGGAUGAACGAGUAGAGCGAGGGAUGAGGGAGGCGAGGAAACAGAGAGUGAUGGCUGUCCUAAGAGGGAACACAAAGGCGUCCUCUCCCGUCGGUCAUGUAGAUCCGGAGGAGGCUGUUUUGCAGGAGCGGCUCUACUCUGCGUUCCAGCGGGCAGAAAGACGCUUGCUGAAUUCUCUGCAUCGACGUCAGGCUGAAGUCAUCGCCCAAUAUGGAGAAAUCACUGAAGUCACGGUCAACAGUGAACCACUGGCCAUCGAAUCUGACCUCUCCUGGCAGGUGGAGUGGGUGCGGACCCCUCGGCCGGUGGAGGUGCGUGUGGUGUGUUUGCGUGGGGUAAGAGAGAAGCUCUGCAGUGGUUUGUACAGUGUGAGCGUGUCCCUGCACAGUCGGCUGGGCGGACCCGCGCUGCACUGGACCCAGCUGAAAGGGCAGCAGUGGAGCAGUACCACAGAACCUGUAGAGCACAAGGGCCGAUUCUGCGACAUCGACCUGCAGCUCACCCAGUCUGUCUGUGUGACCUUACCUGCAUCCUGUUACCUCCUGCCUUCCACAGUUUUGGUGUUCAGGCUAUUGAGCAUGUCCAGUGAGCAGAGUCCUGUAAGCGGUGUGGUGGCCUGGGGGGCGUUCCCAGUGUGUGACUGCUCUCUCACCCUCAUCCAGGGCAGUUUCCGCACCCCUCUGCUCUGGGGUCGCCCCAACCCAGGUCUGGACCAAUUCAGAAAAAUGGAGCAGCUGCUGUCCGCUGACCUGGACAACUGGCUCUGCAACCUGUACUUCCAGGUGAGGAUACUCCCGCGAGGUGUCCCACUGGUUCCGGAGUGCACUGUCCCCCCGCAGAUUCCCCCUGGUCUCCAGCCGAGUUCCAGUGAAGGGACCCCUCCUGAUGUGGCCGCCUCCGCCUGUUCCUCGUCUUCCCUGCCAGAUAAAUGUCCUCCUGUUAGAGCCCUCCCCGUUCCAGAGCCAUCGUCAGAUCAAGCCAAGCCUGGGUCACAUGUCAAGGGCGGUAAACAGAGGGAGCCAAUCAGCAAGAUAACCAGCCCGAGUGGCUGCGAGAGAGAGAGAGAGAUAGGGACGAGCCUCACCGCAGAGCAGCUCCAGCACUUCUCCUUCUCCACACAGUCUGAGCGAGGUGCUCUGUGCGGGGCUGUGUGUUGUGGUCCGGCCGCACGUUUACGGAUGGUGAGGCGCUUGCUCCCAGGAGAACUUGGCCUGUCCUGCUGUCCCCGGCCUCACUUCAGACAGCUCGCUCUCCUCCUCGUCCUGGUCAUCCUCACCUGGUUUCCCCGCCUCUACCUGCACUACUGCAGCCAGUGGCUCUACCUCCACACUCGCAACAUACCUGUCAACAGAUUCCAGUUCCAUGCCCACACAGUGGAUCUGGUGUAUCAGAGCUCUCUGCUGCGCACCCUGGAGGAGACGCUGCUGGUGCUGCUGGGGCCCUUGACCUUGAACGCAGCUACGUUUUUGCUGCUUCUGAUCAGAUGGGUCUGUCAGCUAGCGUUUGGCUCAACGCCCUCCUUCCUGUCAAAGCUGAUCAUGGCUGUGGGAGCGUGGACAGUGCUGGACCCCCUGGCGGUCUUUGCUGUGGACGCGGUCCUGGGGCGUCUGUCCUACAGUGCAGAAACUCCAGUGGCUGAUGCUGCCAAGCUUUACUGGCACUUCCAUCGAACAGAACAGUCGGGUACAGCGGGCAUCAUCAUCACACUCUUCCUCUACACAGUUCUAUUCAUCCUGUCCUUCACCGUGCUGUAUGUGUACUUCUUCAGACUCCAUAAUGACGGCAGAAUGCUCGAUGUGUACCAUCGCCUACACAGUCCAGAGGGAGUGUUUUUCAUUCCACACGACCUGGAAGUGUCCAAUCAGGAGCUCAGUUACAUCGUAAAGAAGGCGGAGCAGUGGAGAGGCUUCAACGGAGAGAGGCGGAAGGUGGCAGUGUAUGACUACAUCUGGACUGAGGAGGAGCCUGCAGGGUCCGAAUCCCCCGGGGGUCCGCCCAACGCAGCAGGAGAGGCCAGCACCCACGUGUCUGUCUACACCCUGUACCUGAGUGGCCUUCGUCGCCGCUACAGACACUUCCUCAGGCAGCCCAAUGGAGCUAUUGCAGAGGUGAUCGGGGACUUGGACAGUGUGGAGGCUCAGCAGAGUGAGAGGAUGGCACAGGAGGACGAGGUGGAGAGGAUGAAGGGUCCAGCACAUGCUGUCAGAGAUAGAAAGAGGAAGAAGCAUGCAUGGCGAUCUAACAGGGUGGGACCUGUUGGAGGAAGUGACACUGAGCCCAGUACAACACUGAAGGACCACAACCAUUGACCCUACAAUUUAAAUGUGCAGCUUUAAUGCAGAGUAAAAUAAUGCUGGAUUAUAAGAAUGUGGACAGAAUUCUUCAUUGUAAGAAGAGAACAAAGAACAGCAAGAGUACAAAUGUGAUGAUCUCUUUAAUACCAGUGUUUUUGGACACUACACUACUGACGUUUUAGGCAUAUCUGUUCCUAAUUAAUAUUUAUCAAUUAAUAUAUUAUGGUUACCCAGUGUACUUGGAUUUCUGCAUAAAUUGGUCAUUAAAUAUGUUCUGAUCUUUAUUUACGUCACAACAAUAGACAAACACAGUCUGCUUAACCACACAAAAAAAAUUAUAUGUUUGCAUGGUUUUAUUAAACACAACAUGUUAACAUUCACAGUGAGGGAAGAAAAAGUAUGUGAACCACUAGGCUAAUGACUUUUCUAGGAGCUAAUUGUAGCCAGAAUGUGAUGAGAUUAGAUGUGUAUAAUUCACUCGUUUUUCAUAAAAAUAAUAUAUAUAUGAAGAGUUUGAUUCCAAGACGUGAUAAACGCCGUAUAAAAAAAAAAAUGCGUUAGAGCCGGAAUCAGAAUGUUAUGUGACCACUCUUGAAAAGCCAAUAUUCAAUUUUCAUCAAAACGCCACAUCCGCCGUGUAAUACUGCCCUGCUUUCUCUCUUUCUUUCCAAAAUGCAACCAACGGCAGUCUUGAUUUCCCCCAGAAUGCCACAUCUCCACUCAUCCAAUCACAGUGCAGCAUUCCACGAGCUAUCUAAUGUAAACAUCAUAGCACACGCCCUGUUGAGCCGGCCGGCAUUUUUUGAAGCCUACUUUCACUUUCGUUUUUCACUCUCAAAGUCUGCGAAAAUGAACGGGUUUGAUGGUAUAGAGGAGCCUGUUCGUGAAGCAGUUAUUGAAAAAAAGAGAAAGCCAUCAAAAAAGUCUCAUGUACGUGAAAAGGUAAAGAAAAUCAGGCAUUCAGGAGGGGGGGAAAUGCCGGUUGUCAUCUGCAGUUCACACACACACACACACACACACAAUAGACACUAUACUACACCACACUACACUACACUACACUAGACUACAGCACAUUAAUGUAACAUGAUUUUGGGGAUUUUAUAGUGUUAAUGUCUUGUUCGUUAAUGAAAUUUUGCACUUUUUCGAAAAGAAAUGUUUUGAAAUUUUUGUUUUUAGGCCCAAUGGUCAAACUAUUAUAUUCAGAUGUACAAUUUACUGUUAUUUAUUAUUGUAUUUUAAAUUUUAAUAUU